AUGCAAAACAAAUGGANUACCUUGAGCGUGUUAAAAUCUGAUUAAUGUUUAGAUUGUUCUAAACUAAUUAGAAAGCAAGAUUGUGAAUAUGGAAAUUGUAUUUGGAGUAAUAAUGGUGAAAAUUCAGAGGGAUAUUGCAUUAAUAACGGUUCAGGUAUAGAUUCUGGAAAUUCUGAUGUUAAUGUAAGUUUUUGCAAGGGGAUAUCAAUUCCAGAAUAAAAUUGUUGGAAGGUAAAAGGAUGUGCAUACUACAAUUAAAGUUGCACAUUUUUUACAGGUUGCUCUGCAUAUUUUUUCCAUACAACAUUUGAUUGUUAACAUAUAUCAUCUUAAUGUAUCUCUGAAGGAGAUGGAUGCAUAAACGCCAAAUAGUGUAUUGAAUAUUUGACUUAAGAUAUUUGUGAGAAUUCAGGAAGUUCAAGUGGUAAAUAUAAGUCAAUAAAUAAGGGUCUGGUAAAUGUAAAUGGGAUUCUGUAAUUUAGAAAUGUCGAGAUGAAUUAUGUAGUGAAGCAGGAAUUGGAUUGACUACUGAUUAAGAAUGUUCUAAAUUUAGGUUUGGUUGCAUUACAAAAGGAUAAGGUUGUGCAGAGAGUCCUUUGAAGGAAUGCAAUACAUAUGAAAGUUAGGGUUAAGAAUGCAGUAAAUUAAUUGGAUCCGAUGGAGCAUGUGAAAAUUUAUAAGGUAGUCAAUAUUGUUAAUAAAAAAAAUGUGAAACUGCUCCGAAUAAUUAUAAAAGCGAUGAGCAAUGUGAUAAAUAUUUAAAGGGCUGUGUCAGUACAGGGAGAGGAUGCGUAUAAAAAUUGUAUCCCUGCACUUCUUAUCAAAAGGAUUGUACCAGUUAUGUAGGUUCAGAUGGAAUAUGUGAAUAUGAAGAAAAAUCAGAGAAUUGUAGAAGUCGUAAAUGUGAAAAUGGAUAAUUCAAUUCAGAUGAGGAUUGUAAUCAAUAUAAAAUUGGUUGUGUUAGUAAUGGAAAAACAUGCGCUGAUAGCUUAUAAAGUUGUUCUAGUUUCAAAGGAAAUAAAAGUUCUUGUUUAGGAUAUAUCGGUUUGGAUGGAUUAUGUAAAGGAAUAGAUGAUACUGAAUAGUAAUGUUAAGUUUAAGAUUGUGUUUUAGACAGCGAUAGCAAAUACUAAACAGAUGAACAAUGCUAGAAAAUAUAAAAGUAAUGCAAAACAAAUGGAAUGGGAUGUGUUUACAAAUUGAAAUUAUGUAAGGAAUAUGAAGGAAAUACAGAUAGCUGUUUUUAAGUGAUUGGAUCUGAUGGAAAAUGUAAAGUAGGAACAGAUGGAAAAUGUUAAAGGAGAGCUUGUUCAGAUGCUCCAAGUACUUACAACACAGAUUAUGAAUGUAAGAAUUUCUAAUCAGACUGUGUAACCAACAGCAAUGGAUGCGUAAACUAAACAAGUUGCUAAUUGACUCUGAAAGAGAUCAGCUGUUAGGGCACUGUUGGUUGUCGAUGGAAUUAAUCAUGCUAAGACUCAACAAAAUGUUCUAAUUUCAGUACUUAAGUGAUAUGUGAGAAUAACUCAGCAAUUAAUUACUCUUCUGCAGAUGGGAUUACUACAUAUUAUUAUACAAAAUGUUCAUGGAAAAACAAUUAUUGUGUAGAUUUAUCAUGUUCUGAUUUGAGUGGAGAUAAUUAUGAUUCUGAUUCUGCUUGCUAACAAGUAAUGUAAAAUUGUAUUUACAGUGGUUAUGGGUGUAUAGAUAGAUAGAGUAAUUGUACAGAAUUUAAAGGAACUUAAAAUAAAUGUGCAUUAUAUGCCAAUAAAUGUUGGAAUGAUUCUAAUGCAACAGAAACAUCUCCUUGCAGAAAUAGGUUGUGUUCUGAUAACUCAAUAUUCACUACUGAUGAAGAAUGUGCCUAUUUCUAAAAAGGGUGCAGAACCAAUGGAUAAGGAUGUAUAGAAGAUACUAAAUUAUGCUCUGACUAUUAAGGAAAUCAGGCUUAAUGUAAUAAAUUCACAGGUUUCAUUUCAAAUAGUACUGAUCGUUAAUAAUGUUACAACACAAUUGGAGCUACUUCGAAUACAUAUUGCAUCGUUAAAACAUGUGAAACAGCUGUUGGAUUAACAAAUGAUACAGAUUGUGCUAAAUUCUUGAAAGGGUGCCUCUGGAAUGGCUUGAGUUCUUGUGUAAAAGAGAAUUCUGAAUGCACUGCCUUUUAUGGCACUUAAUCAUAAUGCAAUACAUUUAUUGGCAAUAAAAUGCGUUGCUAUGGUUUAAGCACAAAUAAUAUCAAUUCUCAAUGCAAAAUUAAACAAUGUGUUGAUAAUAAUCAAUCUGGACUUACUGAUAAACAAUGUAAUGAUUUCUUAGAAGGUUGUGUAUCAAAUGGGAUAGGAUGUACACCAAAAGAAACUACUUGUGAUUUAUUCAAUGGUACUUCUGAAACUUGUUCUAAGUUCAUAGGAAAUGGUUAGAAAUGUACUAGAAUGAGCAAUUGUACUACUAGGUUAUGCUCUGAUUAUACCAAUCCUACAAAGCACGAAGAUUGUUAUAAUUAUCACUCCAAAUGUAGAUUCUUAAACAUUUUGUCAGCUUGUAUUGAACAAACACUCUGUGGUAAUUAUGUUGCUUAAGGAAGUACUAAUACUGAAAAAAAUGCUUAUUGCAGAGCCUUAAAAGAUGAUUCUAAUUUCAUUUGCAGUUAUCAAUCAGGAGAUAAUAAUUGCAGCAAUUACACUUGUGAUUAAAUAUUAACCAAAACAGAGUGUGAAUCUUAUACACAAAGUAAAAGAUGCUAUUUCAUCAAUAACUAAUGUAUUUCAUCUGAUAAUUGUUCCUCAAUAGUCAUAGACAAUACAUCAUCAACUAAACCAACAACAGAUUCAUCAAAGUUAACGUGGUGCAAUUAAUACAAAGAUAGUAAUAACAAAUAAUGCUCCUAUCAUUCUUCAUUAAACUCUAUUAAAUGUUCAAAUUACAGUAUAUGUGAAUAAGUAGUUUCAGCCACCAGCUCUGCAGAUUGUAAUAGAUUACUUUAUAAAGACCCUAAUACAACCAACAAAGGAUGUUUAUUUUAUAAUAAUCAAUGCUAUUCAAUUAAACCAUUAUGCUCAGAUUAUGUUGCUAUUGGAACUAAUAAUACAGAAAAAUCAUCAUUUUGUUAAGCUAUGAAAUUAAAUACAUCAAUUGGUAAUGCUAAUACUAAAGUUAUUUAAUGUUAAUUUGUGAAUGGAGCUUCCAAUUGUUCAUCUGCAACUUGUGAGAGUAUUUCAAGUGCCAGUAAUUAAGCAGAUUGUAACAAAUAAGCAUUAGAUUGUGUUUAUUUUUCAAGUAAAUGCUUUACAAAAUAAAAUAUAUGCACAUCUUAUAUCACAACCUCACUCACUUCUGACAAACCAUUAUUUUGUUCAUUUAUGAAGAAUUCAUCAGGAGAGCAUUGUGGAUACAUUGAUGGUAUGAAUAAUUGUAUUAAUUCCUCUUCUGAUUGUAAAUUAUUUAGAUGGGCUGCUUAUAAUAGUAAUCCUGCUCCUUCGCCUGUUCCAUCAACUAACUCAAAUAAAAGAACAUAUUGCUAAUAACGAAGAUCAACUCAAGGUAGAUUAUGUGGAUAUAAUUACAAUGAUUCCUAAUGUAGUUUAGAAACUAACUAUUGUGAAUUAAUUCAAUCUCCCACAUCCUAAAUGAGUUGCGAUAUUUAAGUAAAAGGAUGCACUUAUAUAUAAUCAACUUCACUAUGUGCCACAACUUCUAGAUUAACUACUUGCAAUGAUAUUACUUUUGAUGUUUCAAGUUUAUCUACUGACACUGAUAAAUUGAAUUAUUGUAAAUCAGUUAAGAAUUAUAAUGGUUAUUGUACUUGGAUAUCUGGAAAUGGAUUUUGUGAUGAUUUGCCAUCAGCAUGUACAUCAAUUAAUAUAAGCGCUGUCACAAAUGAUAACGAUAGAGCCACGUAUUGUUUAAGUAGAGCUAGUAAUGCAGGAAACUGUGCUUGGAGAAUAGGAGAUUCAAAUAGUACUUGUAGAGCAAUUUCUUGUUUUGAUAUCACUUAUGCUCUAAAUUAAGCUACCUGCGAUAGUGUAAUGUCUGGUUGUAUCUAUUAUUAAAAAUAAUGUAUAACUUAUCAAUCUACUUGUAAUAAAUAUUAUGCUUAUGGGGCAAAUGAUGAUUAGAAAUUGUAUUUUUGUUAAGGGUUAACUCAAACAACCAGCAAUUAUCAAUGUACUUAUAUAAUGGGAAGUUCAUUUUGCACGGUUAAACUUAGCAGUUGUGCCUCUUAUUCGGUGAGCACUUUGAGUGAUGCUAACAAAUUGACUUGGUGUUAUUUUUUAAAAGAUUUAUCAUCAAAUAUUUGCGCCUUUUAAACUGGAGAUAGUACUUGUAAGCAGAUUACUUGUGAAUUAGUAAUUACUCCAUAAUCAUAAAGUGAUUGUGAUCUAUAUUUAACAGGAUGCCAAUUUUACAAAAGCUACUGCUAUACAAAACCAACAACCUGCAGUUCUUAUUCUAUUCCUUCUACUAUUACUGAUAAAGUUGCAUUCUGUACAAAUCUUAAAAACACAUCAAAUUUAUAUUGUGGAUAUGUAAGUGGAAGUACAUGUUCAGCUUAAGUUAAUUGUACUUCAAUUACUGCAGUUGGUUCAACUAUUGCUGAAAAAUAAACUUAUUGCUAAGCAAGAAAAUCUUAAUUUGGAUAUGUUUGUGAUUAUUCUACUGGAAGUAAUUGUUUCUAAAUGGAUACAUCUCUGAGUUGCACCUCAGUCACAGGAUCAAUAAUAAAUCAAGAUAGUUGUUAGUUUUUUUCAGCUAAUUGUUCUUAUUUGGAUACAACCAAAAAAUGUGAUUUGAACUCGAAUUUAAAUACUUGUGAUAAAUAUUAAUUUAGUAGUACAAUUGAUGAGGAUACAAAAUUAAUUUAUUGCAGAUCUGUUUUAUCUGGUGGUUGUAAUUAUUAGUUUGGUGAUACUAAAUGUUCAAAUUAAGUAACAUAAUGCAAUUAAUUUUUAAUUACAAGUGUCAAUGAUAAAAAGAGUUAUUGUUAAGCUAGAAUGAGUUAGAAUAGUUAUUGUUCAUAUGAUGAAUAGAAUGAGAGUUAAUGCAGUUAAAUAAAAUGCAGUGAUAUAGAGAAUGCAAAUUCAUAGAGGGAUUGCAAUAAACGUAUGUCUGGUUGUACUUAUUAUCGAAACUCUUGUUUUUCAUCUGAAAAUAAUUGUAAUUUGUAUAAGACUUAUGGAACAGAUGAUGAAGUAAAAAAAGUUUAUUGUGAAGGAUUGAAAGCUUCAGACGGUACAUUAUGUACUUUCAUAUCAGGUGAGGGAGUAUGUAUAAAUUAAAAGAGCAGUUGUUCAUCUUAUGAUGUUUCUGUUUUAACAGACAAAUAGAUUUGGUGUGAAAAGCUAAUUUAGAGCGAUGGAAAAGGAUGUACAAACACAAACGAUUCGCCGACUUGCAGUUUAAAAAGUUAUAUAUGCGAGACAAUUGUAGCAAAUAGUUAAAUAGAUUGCAAUAAAAUUCUUAAUAAUGAAUGUAUAUAUUACAAUUAAAAAUGUUACACAAAAUAAAGUAGUUGUUCAGGGUAUGUAAUUCCUUUAGGAAUAACAAAUAAACAACUUUAUUGCAAGAACAUGUUUGAUAGUUAAUUAUAGUAUUGCACAGGUGGGACAACAAAUUGUGGAUCACCAACAAUAGAUUGCACAGAUAUCUAAACUAGUGGUAGUGAUAAUUAAUAAAAGAGAAGCUAUUGUAGAGAAUACAAAAACUCAGAUGGGUAAAUGUGUGGAUAUUCAUCUGGAUUAAAUUGUGAAAUCGAAAAAAAUUAUUGCAGUGUUAUUACAAAUGCAUCAAGUUAGGAAUAUUGUGAUUCGAGAUUAGAUAAUUGCGUAUAUAUUUAAAAGAAUGGAAAAUGUAUUGAGUCAUAUUUGGUUUAGGAUUGUACUGGGAUGUUAUUCAAUACUGGUUUAUCAAAUGCAAAUCGAGUCACUUAUUGUUAAGCCUAUGAUCCAUAUGGUAAUGCAUGUACUUGGAGUACAGCAGGAGAUCAUUGUGAAUUAGAUUCAAAGUAGUGUUAAGACUUUGAUGCUUCUGGAUAAUCAGAUAAAAGAUCAUUUUGUUAAUCAAAAUAAGGAUACAAUUGUUCAUGGAGAAAUGGAGACUCAUCCUCAUUGUGUAGAAAUUUCAAAUGUUAAGAUGUAGAUCUUGCUUAGAGUUAAUCUGAUUGCGAUUCUAUAAUAUAUGGAUGUAGUUUCUAUAUUAAUUCUUGUUUCACUCCAGAAAAUAAUUGUGAUAAUUAUUAUGCUUUAGGUACUGAUACAUCAGUGAAGUAAAAAUUUUGUAAUGGAAUCUAAACACUAUCUAAUCAAAAAUGUACAUAUUUAACAGAUGAUUACAAAUGUAGAAUGAGAGAUCUAUGUGCAAAUUACAAUGUUAGUAGUAUAAGUGAUAAGCUCAAUGCGUGUUUAGGAAUGUAUGAUUCAGCAGGAAUCUAAUGUAUUUAUGUUAAAGGAACUACUUGUAAUGUAGUUGAUAAAUGUGAAACUUACACUGGCUUAUCUAAUAUGAGUAAUUGUACAACUUUAUUUGAUAACAAUAAAAGAAAUUGUCUCCAAGGCAUUUCAUCAUGUCUUACUUUUAUUUGUGAAAAUAUUAGCAAUCCAUUAUCAUAAAGUGAUUGUGACACUUAAUUGAAAGGAUUAUGCUAUUAUAACAACACUAAUUCUAAAUGUAUCACCAUAUCUGAUUGUUCAACUUAUAAAAGAAGUGAUUGGCCAGUCAAUUCUGAUUCUAUUAAGCAUUGUUCAACUCUUAUUGAUAAAAAUGGACAUCAUUGCACAGCGGAUGAUGUAUCUAGUACAUAAUGUAGGGAGAGAUUAUGCAGCGAUAAAUUAUACUAUUUGAAUUCAGAUUGUAAAGAAUGGAGAUCUUCUUGUAAAUCAGAUGGAUCCAAAUGUAUUGAUUCUACUAAAGCAUGUUCAUAAUUUACUGGCAAUUAAAAUUCAUGUAGUAAAUAUUUAGACUCUGAUAAUCUUAAUUAUUGUAAAGUGAUUAAUGGUUCUGAAUAAACGACUGGGCCUUGUUUAUCAUUGUCUUGUUAUCAAAAUACAACAGCCAAUUCUGAUUCUGAAUGUCAAUCUUAUUAAAAUGGAUGUUUAACCAGAGGAGUUGGAUGUAUUCCAAAUACAGCAAAAUGUGAUGAAUAUAGAGGAACAAGAGAUUAAUGCACUAAAUUUAAUGGUUAUGUAAGUCAAACGAAAAGUGAAAUCUGUUCUGGAGAUUUUACAAAUACUGAUUAAUCUAAGUGUAGAUCAAGAAUAUGUUCAGACAAUCUAAUUGAUAAUAGUGAUGCUUUAUGUUCAUAUUUUAAAUCUGGUUGUGUAACAAAUGGUUAAGGUUGUAUUGAUAUUAAUGCUAGUUGUAGCAGUUAUAAAGGCACAUAAUCAUAAUGUAGUAAAUUCAUGGGUAAUAAUAAAACAGUCUAUUGUUGGAAUAAUAUAGAUGCUCCUAGUAAUUAUAAUUGUGUUGAUAAACAAUGUAAUCAUAUUCUUGGCACUUCAGAUUAAUUAUGCGAACAAGCUUUUCCAAAAAUAUUGAUUAAUGGAACUUUGACUCUUCUUUGUGUCAGUAAUGGUAGCAAUUGUAUUAAACAUCCAGCUAAAUGUAGUGAUUUUGUAGGAGAUAAUAUUGAUUGUUAAAAUUUCACUGCCAUAAUUGAUGGACCAUGUAGAGGUAAUUUAGAUAAUUCUGUUGGAAAAUGUUAGCCAAGAUAAUGUUAUGAUGCACCUAAAUCAUAUAAUACUGAUGCUUAAUGUUAAGAUUAUCAUCCUACUUGUUUAACAACAGGAUAAGGAUGUAUGAAAUUUCAAUUUUAUAAUACUGAGGGUAAACCAACAUUAAAAUGCAAUAGUAUUGUAAGCAAUGAUGUUUGUGCUUUAAAAUUGGGUUGUACUUUAGCCAGUCAAUGUUUAACAUCAGUUUCAUCCUGUUCAGCAUUGACAUCAUAAGCAGUUUGCUAAACAACAGUUUUAGCAAAUGAAAAGAAAUGUGUAUAUGAUUUAUCAAUCAAUAAAUGCAGAGAGUUUUAAUGUUCUGAUUUUGUUGGAAUUAAUGAACAUGAUCAAUGUUAGAAAUUCAGUAAUGAUUGUACAACUAAUGGAAAUGGAUGCAUAAUUAUGAAGCCAUGUGAAUAAUAUUAUGAAAAACUAACAUGUCAAUCAGCAUACUCUAGUGAUCCAAUUUAAAGGUGUUCAUGGAUUGAUUAAAGGUGUAGAUAGAGAGAGUGCAAAGAUUUCUAUGGUAAAACAAACUCAUUAUGUAAAUCAUUCCUUUCGAAUUGUAUUACUAAUGGUUAAAUUUGUGUUGGUCCAAAGUAUUAAUGUUCAGAACUAUUAGAAAAAACUUGUUAAACUGAUUAUUUAGGAAAUCCUUGUCUAUUCUUCAAUGGAAUAUGUUAUUCAUACUCUAAGUGCGAAGAUCUGAAAUUCACAUCACAUUAACAAUGUCAAUCAUUUUCAGAAUUUUGUACUUCCAAUUAAAUAAAUUGUAUUCCUAUUAAUAAAUGCCAAAAUUAUACCUAAUAAGAAUCAUGUAAAAUAGGAAUUGAUGGAAAUUGUGGUUGGAAUAAUGAUAAAUGCAAUUUAUUUAAAUAAUGUUCAGAUGUUUUAGGAACAUCGACUCCUAUUUGUUAACAAUACUCUAACAUUUGCAUUAGUGAUGGAGUAAAAUGUGUUGAAUAAAACAUAUGCUCAUUUUAUUCUUCAUAAUUUUUAUGUGAACAUAAUAAAGGACUUGAUGGAAUAUGUAUUUGGAUAGAUAAUGUAUGUAGAUUAAAAUAAUGUGAAGAUUUAACAACCAAUACUGAAACUUUCAACAAAUGCUUAAAUCAAUUAAGUCCCAUAUAAUGUUCUAGUAAUGGCACAAAAUGUAUCUCUCUAUAAUCCUGUUAGUAUUAUGAUGAUAAAUCAUGUUUUUUAGGAACAGAUGGACCUUGCAUUUACAAAUUACCUUCUGAUAGAACUUCAGGAUAAGUCUCUUGUAGACUUAAAUAGUGUUAAGAUGUUAUAGGUAAAAAUUUGGAUGUUUGUUUAUCUGCUUUCGAUUCCUCAUACAAAAGAUGUGUCUCUAAUGGGAAGACAUGUAUUGAUUUUAAUUAUUGUGGAUAAUAUACAACUAAAAUUGCAUGUGCUUCAGGAGGUAUAGAUGGAUAAUGUGCUUUUCUACCCAUCACUUCCUAAUCUAAUGAUGGUACUUGUAAACGUUUUACAUAAUGCUCUGAUGCCAAUAGUGAUAAAGAUGCAUGUCUUUCUAAUUCCAAAUAUUGUUAAUGGGUAUCAUCAGGAGUAACUAAAUAAUGUAUUCCACAUACUUGUCCCACUUAUAAUUCAAAAAAAGAUUGUUAUCCUGUCCCUAGUUUAGAUCAAAAAUCUUUCCUUCUUUGUGCUAAAAUCAAUAACACCUGCGUAGAAGUCCAACCUACUACAUUAACCAUAGAUACAUGCUUCAUUAAUAGUGCCUAAACAUAUAUUUGGAAUACUUCUACAUCUAAAUGUGUUUAAUGUAAAAUUAAAACAGACAAUAGUAUUGCUCCGAAUUCAUAAAUAACCACUAAAUCCGCUUACAGGCUAUUUAUUUUUACAAUUUUAUUCCUUUAGUCUUUUUGA